UUCAGCUCGGUUCAGUUCAAUUCGAUGCGAUGCAGCGACGAUUUCCUCGAGUCGAAUUGAGUUCAGUUAAGAUGUGCAAUUCAAAUGGUGCGAACGUCUGUUGGCGGUUGCUUCGCGUUUCGCGUUUACUACACUAUCAGAAAAGUAAGAUUAAUAAGGCAUCAAAGUACACACACACAAGUGCAUAUGCAUGAACGUCGCGUAUGUGCACACACACACGCACACCUAUGAACAUUCGCUACAAUCGCCAAGUGAAGCGAGUGAAGUGAGUUAAGCGAACGCCAAGACACGUAUGUAUGAGUGUAUGUAACGGCAUCGAGUGAUGAAAUGCCAAUAAAAAUGAGUGAAUAAAUAAAUAAACACUCGUUAAUGAAUAAAUGUGCAAUACUGUUAAAGCGCGAAAAUUAAAAGAAAAAGUAAAUAAAUAAAUCGGAGAAUAGUGCACUGAUGGCAGACGAGCUGGACCAUGAAUAAUAUCCAUGUGGAAGCGGCGGUGCCCCUGUUGCACGCGUCUCGUUACGUUCAGUUUGCAUUGCGCUUGUUGUAGUUGUUGUUUUCGGUAAAUGCAUAUGCGAAGUGUAAAUAAACAAAUAAAAUUAAAGGGAAACACCGCGAAAGGCAUUAACGCCCGCCUGUCACCAGCCACCUGCCGCUUUCCGCUCAAACGCAACACUUCAGUCAUCAUUUAUUCAGAUUCUGUUUGGUUUCGGUUGCAACAACUGCUGGUUGACAAAAUGAUGCUCAAAAUGAUGAUAAUGAUGUUGCUCGUUAUAUUCGUAGUAGUUGUGUAGUGCACGGUGCCUGCGCGCGUGUGUGUGUGUGCUAUGAGCGCGUACUGCCGCCCGCCCGCCAACUGCAACUGCGGAGCGAUUUGAUGCCGAAUUUAUUGUGUUGCAUUGACGCAUUUUUUUAUGUGAGUUUUGAAAAAUUUUGCAAAAUUGCACAAAAUAUUUUUCUCUAUCCUCUGUCGUGCCGCGCGCGUUGAAUUGGCUGCAGUAAAAAUUUACACUUUACACCUAAAUAAAUAAUUUGUGGCGCGUUUGUUGCGAAUGAAAAUUCGCAUAAAUUCGUGUAUGUGUGUGUGCGCGCGGCUGCUUUCGUGAAUGAAUUAUACGUAUGGCAAUAGGCGAGAAAAUUAAAAAUAUUCGGCGAGGAAAUAAAAAGCGAAAUUCUAAAGCGACGCAAUCAAGCGGAAUGAAAGUGGUUAGACACUUGGGCAGACAUUCGGGGGUGAGGUGAAUGGGGAGCAAAUUUUCAAUGUAUGACCAUUCAAUGGAAAACUAGCUGACGGCAAUAGAAAGAAAAAGUAAAAAAAAAAAACAAAAAAAAAUAAAGAUAAAAAAUGAGCAAAUGAAUAAAGGCGUCUUCUGGUCAAAGCGAAUUCAAAUGAAAAUGGGGCGCGUUAAGUACAAUAAAAUGUUAAUGGAAAUUGAAUUGGAAAUUGCUGAUUGAUACGCUGAAAAAACGCGAAAAGCACAAUAAACAAAUAGGUGAAAAUAAUUGAAACUAGCAGUAAAUAAAUGGGAGCAGUGAAAAGUGUGCAGACACUUUCAGAAAUUUGUGCUGGAAUAUUAAUUUUCGAAAAGCAUUUCAAAUAAUGAGAUUUUAAUUAACAAAAACCUGAAUAAAAAACAAAAAAAACCAAAAAAAAAAUUUGGAAAAAAAUUAAAAAAAUUUUAUUUUUCAUUUCACACAUUUCCCAAUGUUGAAGCUCAUUGAAAACUAAAAAUCAUUGAGGGUCACCACCGUUGCUUCAGUGGAUUAGCUUUAGGCGAACUGCAGUCGAAGCGAAUAAUUCGAAUAAUUUUAUUUAUUUAUAAAUAUCAAUUUAUUAACAAAUCAAAAGCAUGUGCAUGUCUAUUUUUAAACUACUACUAUGUACAUACAUACAUAUUUAUAAUAUAUACACGCUCAUAUUCCCCGAAAAGAUAGCAAAGGCGCAAAUAAAAAUCAAAACACGGCCGGCCUUCAUUGAACCAAAAUGUCGUCGAAGCACAGCUGUUGAGCUGGUCCACUUUACCGCCAGCAGUGCAGAACUCACAUGCAAACAUACAUACGCAUUUUUUCGAUGGUAUUAGCACAGCAAGAUGGCUCAAGUACAUCUCGAAUAUGCAAAUUCUGCAACCAUUUGAAAUUCUCGAAAAUAUGUCGAUUCAUAUACCACAACAUACAUACAAACAUACAUACAAACAGAUAUGUAUGUAUGGGCAUUUAUUUCCAUUCGAUUUUCACUUAAUCUUCUACACGUGAACAGACAGGUCGUUGGCGAAAGGGCGAUGACUUGAGCAAAUUUGUUUGUAAAUAAAAAAAAGGUCAAAUGAAAGUUUAAUUAACUAAUUUAUAAGCGACAAAAGUAUAACUGGCAAAACGCAAGUUUCGGUAAAAAACGGGUAAUCAAUAGCAAAUAGCGUAUAAGAAAAAAAAAACAAAAACAAAGACAAAAAAAAAAACGUCAUAUAAAACAAAUCGCUAAAAUUGCACGAUGUACCAAAGCAGAUAUAAAAUCAAACAGAAUAAAAAUUAGAAAUUAAAACAAAAAUAUGUGCGCUGAGGUGAAUCUCUGCAAGAAUUGUAAAUAAAGAAUAAAUUGUGUGAGAAAGCAAAAGUAAAUAAGAGAAAAGUACGGUUUUCUAAAAGUAGUUAAAAGAAAAAAUAAUCCAAAGCAGUGCAAAUCAGCGCAAAAAGCUGUUAAAUCAUCUAAUAAAAGCAAAUCAAUUUAACGUAAUUCGAAAAAGAUAUUGUUGAAAGGAAAUUAAAAAUAUCAGAAAAUAAAAAGCGAAAAAAAAGUUUACCUAGCAAAAAAUAUGUGCAAAUAAUUUGUCAAUAAUAAGGCGGCGUAUAAUACUAACAAAAAAAAGUACAUUAAAUACCUGGCAUAUCUGAAGAAGUGCGCGCAAAUGGUAUAUAAUUUAACGCAAACUGUUGAAGAAUCUACAGUUCAGUGAAAAAAACAAACAUAAACAUAUAAAACAGAAAACAUUAAAAUUUUAAAUUGGAUAAAAAAAGAUUCUAGAAAACACAAAAAAAAAUACAUUUAAAUAUUUUUUGGUGCAAUAAAAAUAGAAUUCUUAGUUUUGUAAAUACCAAGCAACCAACUGGAGGCACUCCUAAAUUUACGUAAACGCUUACUGAACCACCCAGGCUACGCUCAGUUCAGCUCAGCCAACAUUAGCAACAAAAUGAUUUAAUGCGGAUUCCAGCAACAAAUCCUCCACUUUCAGGAACGCGAGCUGCAACGCCAUACCAUAAAAGCAAGGCCUCAUGAAAACGAGUGCAUGCAGGGGCAUUUACGACAUUUGCCCCAGCUAAGAAAUAAUUUUUCUAGCCUAAUAUAGUUAUUGAUAUUUGUAAUAGUAAAAUUAAUAGCAAAACUAAUAAAAAAUAUACGCCAACAUAGUCACUACAGCAACAGCAACAUCAACAGUAGCCAUAGCACCUGGAGCAGUAACGGAACAGCUUUAACAAUCGGAGUAUCACUGCAGCAGAAAAAUGGAUUAUAGCCAAUUAGACGCGAACAUUAAUGGCAACAUUAACACGGGCAACAUCAAUACGAAUGAUUUUCUCGCCAUAUUCUCAUCAACAAGUCCCACCGAUGUGGCUGCUCCGACUGCGGCGACGGCGCCGGGCGGUUGGCCGGGAGGCGGUGGCAGCGGCAAUGGAGUUGCCCACAAACAGCACACAGCGUAUUCCGCCCCGCCCACCAGCAACAGCAACGCCACCAGUUUGUUUACUAACAGCAGCAUCAGUAGCAGCGCUCCUCCACUCGUUAGCAAUACAACACUCCUCAACCCGCCACUACUAACCGUCGAUGCGUCCAGCGACGGCGGUGGCGGCCAGUAUGGCCUGACCAAUCUGCUCGAGAGCACAUUGCAGGGCGCCAUCACCACACUUAGUCCGAAUAAUUAUGUCAAUGACAGUUACUAUUUUUUGAAUAGCAACUUUUAUAACAGUAGUACGAGUUUUAGUGGCGGCAAUUAUAGCAAUCAAACGUUAACGGGUAUGGCGGCGAAUCUGUCGUCGGGUAAUGUAACAGAAGUGCAAUGGGACGGCCGCUAUCCGAGUGGUUAUACGCUGCCGCAAAUUGUGAUUGCUUCGGUUAUAGUGACUGUAUUGAUGAUAAUCAUCGUUGUGGGCAAUAUGCUGGUCAUCAUUGCCAUUGCGACGGAGAAAUCGCUGAAGAAUAUACAAAAUUGGUUCAUUGCCUCGCUGGCGGUGGCGGACUUCUUUCUCGGUCUCAUCAUAAUGCCCUUCUCGCUGGCGAACGAAUUGAUGGGCUAUUGGAUAUUCGGUAGUUGGUGGUGUGACAUACACUCAGCCAUGGAUGUGCUGCUAUGCACUGCGUCCAUUAUGAAUUUGUGCUUGAUAUCGUUGGAUCGAUACUGGAGCAUCACGAAGGCGGUGGACUAUCUCAAGUCGCGUACGCCGGCGCGUGCAGCAAUUAUGAUUGCCGCUGUGUGGAUAAUGUCGGCGUUGAUUUGCAUACCGCCGUUGCUGGGAUGGAAGAAGAAAAUGCCGGAGGGACCGUUGCCGAAAUGUGCGGUAAGUGGUGGUGGUGUUUUGCCAUUUUUGGUUUCUUUUUAAAAUUAUUGCAGCUCCCAUGCGUAUAGGUGCCUAUUGGUACAUAAAUAAGCGGCUCAAUUUUAACAGACACCAUUCGGUAUGUAUGUACUUCUAUAGGUAUCUCAGUCAUAUUCACGCUCUGAAUUGCCUUUUAUUGCUGCGCAGCUGCUGCGUGCCAUUCACUUAGUCACGUGUGCGUGCAUCUGUGCCCAUGUAAGUUACUCUGCAAUUUUGCUCUAGGGAAAGCGCGCUGCUUCGUUUAUUUCAUUCAUUUAUUUCAUUCGAAAUUGGAAGCCAACAAUUGCUUGUUGCCUGCCAUUCCGUGUAUGUCUCUGUGGGUGUAUGUGUGUGUGUCCAUGAACGAACAUUGGCAGCAGCUUGGCACCAGUCGGCUUUAGCGGCAUUUGUGUGUUGUAUGCAUUAAAUUGAAGUCGUUCGGAAAUUGGCGUAAAUGAUAAAAGCUAACGAAUUUAAUUGUCUUUCGUCCGGCGCAUCAGUUGCCAAAGGUGACUUGAUGGGGAUGUGAUGAGAAGAGUGCAAGAAAUAUAUAUAAUUGCAUAAUCCUCCAAUAUGUGGUGAUGCAAUUUAAAUUUGUUGUAAUUUACUGCGACAUUCAUACGCGACAUACUAUUAUCGGGUGUUUUUUUAUCUGCAUGCAAUCAAACGUUAACAGCCGAGAAUGGCAAACAGGGUUGACAUUUCUGUUUAGUAGAGCUUGGCAAGUCAUCAUGAAUCGUUUGACGCAAACACAACGUUUCCAAAUUGUGGAAGUU